GAAAAAUUUGAAAUCUUCAACCUAGAUAUGAAGACUGGGGACACUCUGAAGGUCAAGGGCAAGAUAUCUGAUGAUACUGAUGGCUUCAGCAUCAAUCUUGGCUGCAGCUCUUCAGACCUGGCACUUCACUUCAAUCCCCGCUUCAAUGAGUCUGUCAUCGUCUGCAACUCCAAAUGCAAUAAAGCCUGGCAAGAAGAGCAUCGUGAUGACCACCUCUGUUUCUCUAGGGGCUCCACUAUCAAGAUUGUCAUUGAAAUGAAGGCAGACAAAUUUCAAGUGAAACUACCGGAUGACCACAAAGUGGAGUUCCCCAACCGGCACUGCUAUGACAAGGUCAACUACAUGAGUGUCAAGGGAGGCUUCAGGGUCACCUCCUUCAAGCUGGACUAA